AAAAUUUUCGCCCGCCUGUCCAUCCGCAGAGAGCACCCGCGCUGCCUGCCCUCCUCGUCUUUCGCCGAGUCGCUGUCGUCGUCGCUGCUGCUGCUGCUGCUGCCUGUCUGUCUGCCUGCCUGCCUGCCUGCCUGAUCGCCCUGGGACCCGCAUACGCUCGCAAGCAUCCUGUCUAGGCCUCUCCAGCGCCCGUCUCCUUCAUCAAGACCCUCACCUACCCCGUCCGAUUCAAGCCGAUCAUGUCGCCCUUUGCCAACCUGCUCGAUCAGUUCAAGGCCUACCGGGAAAAGAUGCCCGCUCCCGUCAGCUUCGAGGCUUUGCACCGCGAGAUCAAAGGUGUCCACCCAACGCUGCAUCUGAUUGACGGCGCCAAGUUCGAGCUGACCUCGAUGCUCUCGCCCAACUUUAUGGUCUCCCACUCCUUCGCCUGGGGCAGCUCCAACCACCAGCAGCCUCCGUCCUACCACUUUGGUGCCGGAUAUCACACUGCCAAGUACAUGAUGCACGGACAGGUCGACCAUGACGGCAACCUCUCGGCCCGCGCCAACUACAACUGGAUCCCGGCUCCCACCCCUGUCCAGCCCACGGACCCCAACACCCCCCCUCCUCCGCCGCCGACCCCUCGCCAUGGCUCCAGCUCCAAAUUCCAGGGCCAGUUCUCGGGCCACCCCGAAAACAACAUGUUCAUGCUGGAGCACGAGUACCUCAACAACGACUUUACGAUCAACGUCAGGGCCAUCAACCCCAACCCAAUCGCCAGCCCUGCGUCGUACGUCGCCAGCAACCCCCCGCCCAAGGGCAGGACCCACCCGUCGGCGGUCACGGGUAUCUACUCAGUGUCGUACCUCCAGUCAGUCUCGAAAUCGCUGUCGCUUGGUGGCGAGUUCACCCUGCAGCGCCUCACUGCCGACAUGGACGAGCCCAGCACCACGCUCGCUCUCCGCUACGCACCUCCCGCCUCGGAGCUGCCUGCUCCCACCUCGCUCCCCCCUGGCAUGCCCUCCCCCUAUAUGCCCAUCAACCCCAACGACCCGACCCAGGUCUUCACCACGACCUUCAGCCCUUCAACAGGCAUGCUGCACGCGUCUUACUGGCGAAGACUCAACCAGCGCCUCGAGGUUGCGGCCGAGACCCAGAUGCUGAUGACACCUGCGGGAGCUCGUGGCGAAGGCCGACGCGAGGGCAUCGCCGCCGUUGGAUUCAAGCUGGAUACGGUGCACUCUACCAUCCGUGGCAUGUUUGACUCUCACGGCAAGGUUUCGGCGCACAUUGAGGAGCGCAUGGCUCCUGGAUUGACGUUCCAGAUCUCGGGUGAAAUCGACUAUGCCAAGGGUGCUGGUGGCGCCGGUCGUGUUGGUGUCGGAUUCACCCUCGAGGCGUAAUCUCCCCUCCCUCCCUCCUGUAGAUCCACAUAGCAGCAUACAGCCCCCUCCUGAGAAUGUGCGGACAGCCCAUGCUCUCCAGAAAUCAUCAUUGUAAUUAUUACAGCAGAAUCGAAACGGGGACACGAUGCUUGAGGUCGAUGGCCACACUA